AUGUUGCUUGCUUUUGAAAUGCUGGAGAAGAUUUGGGCUGUGACCUUGAAGGAUGCCCCUGUGUUCGCAGACUGGGCACCCGGUCUUUGUGGACUCUCCCUCCGACGGCACCCCGCCGUGGUGGGCGGUCUCAUGGUCCCCAUGGCUGGGCUUGAAUCCGUGCCGGCUUUCACAGAGAGGGCCAAGCAGAUCGGCAUCGGCGAUGAGCUGCUGGAGAAGUUCAAGACGAAAAACUUGGACACGUACGGCAAGCUCGCUUUCAUUUGCAGCAGUCGGCCUAGCUCCGGUGACGACAAAGCCCUUUUCGAGGCCAUCAGGCUGCUCAUUGGCAAGAGCCUCACUGGCGAGACCAGCCCCCGCGAGAUGCCCUUGGCAGAACGCUUGACACGCUUGAAGCGACAAAGGGGCGAGCUCAAGGGCCUCGAGAUGGAUGUCCACACAGAACCGGGACACGCCCUUGUGGACCGGGUGCAAGCCAUGCUAGACAGCGCUCAAGUUCUUCAUAUUGCCCCUGAGACGUGCAUAUCGCGUCAUGACGAAAUUCUGGGCGAUAAGACCGAGCAGAAGUUGUCUUUGGGCGCAGACGGAAACAUCAAAAUUACCAAGCAGGCCUCCUCACUGCGAUGCGAGACCACCGGAGAACUCAAGCUGAGGCGCUGCUUCUUGAGGCGAGCCUUGGCCCUCGAUCAAGUGGGUCUGGCAAGCUACGCAGUCAUGGAGUCUUGGCACAACAAGAUGUUUCAAUCCUUGCUUGACGCCCCGCCGGCAGGAUACAGGUACACCACUGUGCAGCAGGUCUUAGCCGCGGACCAGAAGUUGUGGCAAGUAGUUGCGCAGGAAAGCCGGGGGGACAUCUCGAUAGGAGUGGGAAUGCCAGCUCCGCUUGACAAGCAUAUCAUCGCGGCAGCCAAGGACCAAUUCGUCAUGUCCUGCCUCACUCACCUGCCUAAGCCUCCUGAAGCUUCGGUGCUGCCCUGGAAGCCGCGCAAGGGUGGCAAAGAUGGCAAAGGAGAUAAGGGCGACGGCAAAGGAGGCAAAGGAAAGGGUGGCAAGGGGAAACAGAACCAGACUAACUCAGGUGCGGCCAAUGGCACCUCGUUGAAGGAUCUGCUUGAGAGCCUCCCCGAAGGAUGCGUCCGGGCCACUGAUGAGGGUCGCUUCAUUUGUCCGUUCUACAUCAAGGGCAUUUGCAGGUUUCAGAAGCGAAAGUCCUGUCGUUUCGGGGCGGCCGCCAACGACAAUUCUCCGCAUUUGAGCUCAGGGGCUGUGUGCAAGCCCGAGAUCUAUGCCAGACGCCUUUUGCAGCAGAGAGAGCCGGUGACAGCAGCGCAACUGGCUGCUUUGUUCGAUGCCCUGCCGCACGACAGGUGUGACCGGGAUGAAUCAGGUUUUUCCUUCUCUGCAGGACUCUACUCGAGAGUCCAAGUGGGUCUCCGCAAGGCCUGCAAGUUGUUUCCUCUUUCCGUGCAAGCGGUGAAUAAGUUUGUAACUUCUUUGCUUAGCGGCACAGCUUACACGAGUUUUGCCAUGUUUUCCAGAGUACAGACCCGGGAGCACCGGGACACACAGAAUUCUUUUUUGCCAAAUGUUGUUAUUCCUUUGACUGCAUUCAAUGGGGGUUCCAUCGAGGUCAAGGACAAACUUCGCUUGCGACGCUUAGGCUUCCCUUUUCCAGAUGAGCAACAGCUUGCGUCCAGGGAGGUCUGUCCUACUGAAGCCGUGCAGCUUAGUCAAGCUCAACGCGCCGUCCUGCCCAGCUCCGUUAGGGCUGAGCCAGGCUGCCCCAGCGCGUCAUCGGCCAGCGACUCGACUACGGCGGUCAAGCCUCCUACAAUGGUGGAGUGCCUUGCCAGCUGUGGGCCCGUAGCAGCGCAGGCCCUCUCUUCGGGAUGGAAUGCGAUCCCAGUGGGUAAGAGGGUGCCUGCAGUCGAAAGCUCGCCAAUGCUUUGCUUGGACUUUUCGGUCGAAGAGAGCACACAUGCCCUGCUCAACUUUGACUCAUCUGAAGUGGUUGACUGGUGGCACGGGCAUCUUUUUCUCAAGUCAUGCAAGAAGCCCGACCGCGCAUCCUCUAAGGAACCUCUCCGAACAGCCGAAAGCAUUUUUGGCUGCCCAGGGUUGUCGCCUCGAGCUAAGGAGCUGGUCCAACGUGAUAACCGAAUUUGCUCCGCUGUGGUUUCCAUCCUGCUGCGGGCCUCUGACACAGGGGCCCUCGUGUCAUUGAUUGGGCCGGCCCGAAGCUGGGCUUGGAGUCUCCUCGCCCACACUGUCAAGGAACUGGCUGCCGAGGAGGAGUCCCUGCGCGCGAGCAUGCAUGCUGAUGUUGCUUCAGUGACCAAGGGGAAGGCGAUCUCGUUAUUUCGUGAAUUGCUAGAGGAGACUGGCUUUCCGGAUAUGUCUGUGGUGGAGCUCCUAGAGAAGGGGGCUCAAUCGGUGCUCAGGCGCGAGGUGCUACAGCGCACCAAGGGGCUUAUCUCGGAGUCAGAUUAUGCAGAUAUGCGCUCGGAGACAGCCGAGGAGGAAGUCAAGGCAGGAUUUCUUGCCGGACCGUACACUUCAGAAGCUCAGGUCAGUGAGAUCCUCGGUACGUCUGCAUGGUCACUCUCUCCGCGCUUUCUCCUGAGGCAGGGAGAAGACUCAAAAGUCAGGAUCAUUGACGACUUUAAGAUGUCUGCUGUUAACAGAGCCUUCGGCUCGACAUCGUUCCUGGAGUUGCAAGACACUGACUUCGCAGUAGGGCUGCUCAGGUUUCUUUCUCGGAUCCUGCAAGACCGCUCUCGUGUGAGGGUGCCCCUGAUGGACGGUUCGGUCCUGGAAGGUGAUUGGGCGCCGGAAAUGCUUAGCUGCCCUCCUUUGCUCGCAAAGACUUUGGACUUGAGCAAGGCCUACCGUCAAGUGGCCAUUCAUCCUUCCAGCAAGGACUUCGCGGUUCUAGGGUUUCCCACGCCCAGUGGGGAAUGGGAGUUUUACCUUGCAAAGAGCUUGCCUUUCGGAGCAGCUGCCAGCGUCUUUGGGUUUAAUAAGAUUGCCUUGGGGGUUCUGCACAUAAUGGUUGUAAAGUUCAUGGCCAUCGCCACGGACUUUUACGACGACUACACCAUCUACGAGUUCAAGCCUGCUGCCUCCCUUCUUGACAAAGCCCUGAUGCGGCUGCUGGACAUACUCGGAUGGACCUAUGCCCGCUCAGGACGCAAGUUUGUGCCUUUCGCCGAAAGGGUCACCUCGCUCGGGGUCACCUUAGGGCUUGAGGAGAUUUGGGGAGGGAUCCUGACGGUUGAGAACAAGGCGGGAAGGCUUGAGCGGAUUGCACUCCAUCUCAAGGCGAUCGCGGACGGUGGCGAAGUGACUCGUACCGACAUUGCGUCGCUGCACGGGCUGAUCAACUUCGCUGGGGGUUUGAUUUUGGGGUUUGAGCUUAAGCCCACUUCGAGGAUGUUGUCGCGGGCCCUCUCAGGACCUUUCAGAGGAAACACUCCCGAAUUGCGGCAAGCCUGCUCUUUGGCCCUCGACGUUAUAUCCCAGUGCCGCCCCAAGCGAUGUCCAGCCUCGGUGAAGCCUCCCAUCAUACUGUACGCCGAUGGCGCCUAUGAGAAGGGCGUGGGUACAUGGGGGGCCAUCUUGAUUGAUAAUCACAGCGGAGCUCGGUGGGCUUUCGGGGGAACUGUAUGCCACCAGCUCAAGAAUCUCUGGGAGCGCCAAGCCGGGGAACAAGUAAUCUGCCAGGUCGAAGCAUACGCUUUGGCGAUUGUGCUCUUCGGGCUCAGGGGAUUUCUGAAGGGUCGUUCCUUGAUUGCUUUCAUUGAUAACGAGGCCUGCCGCUUCGGGUUCAUCAAGCGGUAUUCUCCUUCAUCAAGUUUGCUCCGCUUGAUUUCCUUAACAGCUUUGCUGGAAGGCUCACUAGAGGCCCUGCUUUGGUUUGAGCGGGUACCUUCAAAGAGCAACCCAGCUGACCUCCCAUCAAGGGGGGCCAUCACUGAAGUUUGUGAGCGUUUCGCAGUCGUGAACAAAGGAGACAUUGCGCUGACUCCCACGAUGCUUGAUUUCCUUUGUGCAACGAGCUAUGAUACCAGAACGGCCCAAGCCAUUCUUAGCUCAACUCGACUUGAAGGCGAUUGGGCAGAUGAGGCUGUGCAGUAG